AUGCUUCCCCUCGGAUUGCUCAAUGCCGCUCAGGGCCACCCCAUGCUGGUCGAGCUGAAGAACGGAGAGACCCUCAACGGACACCUGGUCAUGUGCGAUACGUGGAUGAACCUCACCCUCAAAGAAGUCGUGCAGACAAGCCCUGAAGGAGAUAAAUUCAUGCGGCUCCCAGAAGUCUACGUCAAGGGAAAUAACGUACGCCAAUACUCUCCCACCCCAUUUACUCGGAAAUACACUCAGCAACUUCAACUAACACCUCUUGUAUCACAGAUCAAGUACCUCCGUGUCCCCGACGAGAUCAUCGACCAAGUCACCGAGCAGCAAAAGAACCAGCAAGGCGGCGGCUUCCGUGGCGGUCGCGGCGGCCACCAGUCAAGAGGCGAUCACGGCGGCCACGGCGGCCGGGGAGGCGGCGAUAGAGGGCGAGGCCGUGGAGGCAGAGGUCGCGGCAGGGGACGUGGGCAGUAA